UAAGCGUAACACAAAGAUUUGUACACAGCGUUGAACCGUACCAGAUCAUUUCUAAUAGGGGGAAAAUGUGAUAGUUUCUUUGCGUGCGUUAUAAAAUAACUAAUCCACUAAAGUGUUUUUUUUUCACUGAAGCUCAAUCCCAACAAAUACAAAAUGUCUGUUGGUGGUAAAAAAGCAAGCGUGAUAUUUUCUGGAUUCAGGGCUCUUGGACUAUAUUCAAACCAUCUUCCACACGUGGUACGCUACCACAAGAAACAUCGGGAGUUCUACGUUGUUACAGCUGUGGGGAAAUGUUUUCACACAUACAACGUGAAGAAACUUGGCAUAGUUGCAGUCAGUAAUGCCCUCCCAGAAGAUAUAUCUUGUUUGGCUGCUGAUCGGAUGCUGGUGUAUGCUGCACAUGGCAAAACAAUUGUGGCCUUCGCCAGGAACAAAGAGGUUGUGCACAUAUAUUCUGGCCAUAGAGGAGAUGUUCACCUUCUGUUGCCUUUUGGAGACCAUCUCAUCUCUGUGGAUAGGGAAAAUAUGGUCAUCAUCUGGGAGGUGGAAGCUGAAGAGGAGUAUUUGCAGUUAUCGUUCAACAAAGCAUCAUUUGAAGUGUCUGCUGUGAUGCACCCCACUACCUACCUGAAUAAAAUACUGUUUGGUAGCAGCCAGGGGGGUCUUCAACUCUGGAACAUUAAGUCCAAUAAGCUUCUUUACACAUUUCCUGGUUGGACUUCUGCAGUAACAGUCCUUCAGCAGACCCCUGCUGUAGACGUCGUAGGUGUGGGCCUGGCGUCUGGACAGGUCAUCAUUCAUAACAUCAAGUUUGACGAGACGCUGAUGAAGUUCCAACAGGACUGGGGACCAAUCACGUCCCUAAGCUUCAGGACGGAUGGGCACCCAAUUAUGGCUGCUGGAAGUCCUGUCGGCCACAUUGGAUUGUGGGAUCUGGAGGAAAAGAAGCUGAUUGGUCAGAUGAGAGAUGUCCACGACACAGCCAUUGCCGGUUUGACCUUCCUCCUCAGUGAGCCCCUCCUCAUCACCAAUGGUGCAGACAACGCUAUCAGGGUGUGGAUGUUUGAUACUCCGGGAGCUGAGGGUCGUCUGCUCCGCUGUCGCCUCGGACACAGCGCCCCGCCAACCAAGAUCCUUCACCACGGUCACAAUGGCCAAACAAUUCUCAGUGCGGGUCAAGAUGGCACACUUCAGUCCUUCUCUAUCGUUCAUGAGCGUCUCAAUAAGAGUUUGGGCCAUGGAUCUCUCAAUAAGAAGAAAGCCAAAAAGAAAGGCUUGAAAUAUGACACAGCGAAACUACCGGCCAUCACAACAUUUGCUUCAGAGUGCGCUCGGCAGAGUGACUGGGAUGGCAUAGUGGCGUGCCACAGUAGCCUCCUCGUUGCCACCACAUGGAACUACCAGAAGGGCUCCAUGGGAGCAUACAAACUGGAGCCGGACCGUUUCAAUCACAACCGGGCCCUCAAUGUGCACGCCACGGCUGUAGAUAUUUCCUCAUGUGGGAACUUUGUAGUGGUGGCUGUCUCUACUGGGCACAUUGACAUGUACAAUCUGCAGUCUAGCCUCCACCGAGGUCAAUAUGGAAAAGACAAAGCUCACGCCGGCCCGGUGCGUGGUGUGGCUAUUGACGGGCUCAACCAACUGACCAUCAGUGCUGGAGCUGACCGCCUCCUGAAGAUAUGGAAGUUCAAGAGCCUGGAACUUCUCCAGACGCAGACACUAGAGGCCUCUCCGGCUGCCACCCUGCUGCACAGGGAGAGCGGAAUGCUGGCCAUCGCCUUGGACGACUUCACCGUCAACGUCCUGGACAUCGAGACCAGAAGAAUCGUCCGCAAGUUCUCAGGCCAUCGUGGGCAGAUCAAUGACAUGACCUAUAGCCCUGAUGGUCGCUGGUUGAUAACAUCCUCCAUGGACUGCACCAUUCGAACCUGGGACCUCCCCUCUGGCUGUUUAGUGGACUGCUUCCUGGUUGAUGCGGCCGCAGUCAGCCUCACCAUGUCCCCGACUGGAAAUUUCCUGGCAUCCUCUCACGUCGACAGCCUGGGGAUCUUCUUAUGGUCAAACAAUACCUUGUGCAGUGUGGUGUCACUGCGCCCCCUACCUGCAGACUAUGAGCCCAUGGUUGUCAUGCUGCCUGGAACUUGCCCCAGUCACGACGACGAAGAUGAGGAAGAGGAGGAGAUGGACAGCUCGGAGUUGGCCGAGUAUGUCUCUCCUGCGCAGCUCGACCAGCACCUCAUCACCCUCUCCCUGCUGCCCGACUCCCGCUGGAAGAAUCUGCUCCAUCUCGACAUCAUCAAGAAAAGGAACAAGCCCAAGGAGCCUCCCAAGGUGCCCAAGGCGGCGCCUUUCUUCAUUCCUACCAUCCCUGGCCUAGUGCCCCAGUUUGCUCUCCCCGGGACCCCCCAGGAAGAACAGUCCAAAGUCUUUAAUUUGGGAGUUUUGGCCCAGAAGUCCCCAUUCUACGUGCACUUGGAGGAGGCUUUGGUUAGCAACAACUACGACGGGCCCCUGCAUCUACUGAAGGAGAUGGGCCCCUCGGCCAUUGACACGGAGCUGCGCAGCCUGGCCCCUGACAUGGGCGGCGACGUGGACGCCCUGAUGGCCUUCCUCAGGCUGGUCAGCAGCAUGCUGGACUCCAGGAAGGACUUUGAUCUCGCCCAGGCCUACCUGGCCCUCUUCCUCAAGCUGCACCUCCGCAUGCUGUCUGCGGAACCCACGCUGAUGCAGGAGGCGGCGAAGGUCUCGCAGAGGCUGGAAGAGACCUGGAGCCACACACAGACUCAGCUCAACCAGAGCCUCUGUCUGCUGCAGUACAUGAAGAGUGCCUUACUCUAAACACAUGCGCGCACACACACACACACACACACACACACACACACACACACACACACACACACACACACACA